AUGUCAGAGCAGAAGUUAACCAAGAAACAGAGAAAGGCUUUGGAAUUCCGUCUGGAAAAGUCUAAGGAAGAAAGAGCCGAAGAAAAGGAAGAGAAAAAGAGAGCCAGAGAAAAAGAGGAAAAUAAAGAUGAACAGCCCAAGAAAAAGAGAAAAACUAGAAGAGGAAAGAAGGGAAAGGGAGCCAAUGGAGGAAAGGGGCCCCGUUUCAUUCUUUUUGUAGGCAAUUUGCCAUAUGACAUUGAGCAGACAGAGCUUUUGUCUCAUUUCAAGAACAGCAAUCCUGACAGAAUAAGACUCAGACAAGACAAGGGUAUAGCGUUUUUGGAGUUCGACAACGAUACUCAGGAGAUCCAGAGUAAGAUGGAAUUGGCAUUGAAGAUGCACCAUUCUACACUUCGAAACCGUAAGAUCAAUGUUGAGUUGACUGUAGGUGGAGGAGGUAACUCUGAAAAUAGACUCAACAAGUUGAAAGAAAAGAACGAGAAAUUAUUAGAGGAAAGAAGAGCUAAGGUCAAGGAAGAUAUCAAAAAGAAGUCAAAGGAAGCCACAUCUACGGCUCCAGCAUCAUCUGCAUCCAUUCAUCCAUCCAGAGCAGCAUUGAUUGGUUAG